AUGCCCUGGAACACUCAGGCAGACACCAACGCAUCCACGCUGGGAAAUGGGCCCUAUGAGUUUGGGGAAUGUGAGAAGAGUUUCAGGCAGAAGUCCCACUUGAUCCACCACCAGAGGAUCCACACUGGGGAAAGGCCAUACAGAUGUGGGGAAUGCCUUACAAGUGUCCCCAGUGGGAAGAGCUUCACCCACAGCUCUCACUUGACCAAACACCAACAGAGGCACCAGUAA